AUGUGGUGGUCGAGAUGGAUGAAACACCUUCGUUCAGCCGGGUCGCGUAUGUACGCGGGCAUGCAUGAUCCACUGGACCACGUCACCGGCCUGGAGAAGAGAGAACUGCUCGCACAUCUGGCGGGAGACUGCGAUCCUUUCCGCAUCAUGGCUAUUAAGAAAGGUCCAGGCACAAGGGAGCGUCCGAACCUAAUCCCCAGCGCGUACAACCGCCGCCUCAUGGGAUGCAGCUGCAGCCCUCACGACAACCACGUGGAGUACAUGUGGUUACAUCUCGGCUGUCCCAAGCGAUGCGGCUGCGGGUACUGGUUCGAGCUAUGCCCUGUCGCGCCACUUUAG